AUGGCCGCUGGAAAAUCUUCCUCAAGCCUGCAAAGUCCGGGCGAUCGCAACGUGAAAAAUGUCGUGCUUGGAGACUUGCUAUUCAAGCCGUGGUACCAGUCGAUUUACCCCGAGGAUCUGGUCGCCAAAGAUGCCGAAUACCUCUACGUCUGUCGCUGGUGCUUCCGAUACUCCUGCGACAAAGUUGCAUUUGCGGAGCACACUCGGGCCUGCGUCCAUCGCGCAACGCCGCCUGGCACCAAGGUAUACGAACAUGGCGGGUACGCGGUAUGGGAGGUAGACGGCGAGGACCACAAGCUCUUUGGACAAAACCUGUCUCUUUUCGCCAAACUCUUUCUUGAUCAUAAAACGGUUUUCUUCGAUGUUGCUACCUUCCUCUACUACAUACUCACCUUUACCGACCCGGACAACUCCAACAACUACCAUGUCCUGGGCUUUUUCUCGAAAGAAAAGCUUUCCUGGGACUCGAACAAUCUCGCAUGCAUCUGUGUCUUCCCGCCAUAUCAGCAUAGGCAACUUGGAAAGCUCCUGAUGGGCGUGAGCUAUAAGCUCAGCGGAUGGGAAUAUGCUGGUGGAUACAUAGGAGGGCCAGAGAAACCUCUCAGUGAUCUGGGCCAAAAAAGCUACAAUCGCUUCUGGGCUGAGCGGAUUGCGCGAUACAUGCUGUGUGGCAAGCGAGGGGAUGGCAAAUCCGAGGCUGGGCAUCAGAAACCCGCAAAAGCGUCUCCCUCGAAAGCCUCCCGGAAAAAGCCCCCUCGGGAGUACAUGACUGUCGAGGAGAUUGGCCAAGCCACAGGAAUGCUGACUGAAGACGUGAUCACGGCCGUGAAAAGCAUGGGCGUGAUUCGACCUGAUAUAACCCCUAAAAAGCGCAAACUGAGUCGUUUGAUGGGCGAUGAUGAACCAAAGGAGAGCCCGAAGAUUGUCAUACAGAAGGCCGAUAUCUGGGAAUGGGCAAAGACUCAUCACCUUUCGCUCGAAGAUCCGGUCAGAGAUGACGGAUUCGUCGCAGGGUAUCCUUCUGUGGCUGUUUCUGAAGGAAGCGAUAAUGCCUCGGAGGAGGAUUAA